CCUCCCUUUCUCAUUUCUCAUCCACUCACUCACUCAUCUCAUCUCACACCACCCACCAUGACUGCCGACUCUACCACCGACCCCACCCCCGCCCUUGCUGUCGACGCCACCGAGGCUGGCACCAAGCGAAAGGCCGAGGAGGUCGAGGCCCUCGUCGACGACGAUGCCAAGAAGCAGAAGACUGAGGGCGAUGCCGAGGCUCCCAAGGAUGCCGAGGAGGAUGCUGAGCCUGCCGACAAGGGCAAGGGCAAGGGCAAGGCCCCUGCCGAGGAGGAAGAGGAAGAGGACGAGGAGGAUGACGAUGAUGACUCGGACGACGAGCUCAUUGUCCGCGGGACGCGUAAGCGCAAGCAGGUGGACUACAGCUCGGCCGAGGCUCUCGCCGCUGCGGGCCUCAACGAGAACGAAGAGGAGGAGGAGGAUGCCGAGGACGAUGGCGAGUUCAUCGGCGGCCCCGAUGAGGAGGACGAGGACGUCGCCGACGACGCCGAGGAGGCUGAAGAGGCUCCUGGGGCUGCCGAUGAUGACGACGCCGAAGAGUGAUCACUCUAGACGUUAGAGCUUGUAGCAAUCCGUGUCAUUGUGAACAUGUAAACCGCCCGUGCCGCAAU